AUGACAGUUGUCCACAAACUCACUGCUGCCAGUUUGCUGUGUCAUACAUCUUCGUCCCUACUACUCUCGUGCAAGGGAGCCAGGAUCCCCGAAGAACUUGUGGGGCAUUCUGAAUGGGAACACAAACGAGGACCCAGAGGCUCACAGUCUUCUGGUACCAGUAUCACAGUGGAUAUUGCUGUCAUGGGAGAAGCACAUGGGCUCAUCACAGACCUUCUGGCAGAUCCUUCGCUGCCCCCCAACGUGUGCACUUCACUGAGAACAGUGAGCAACCUGCUUAAUACUCAGUUAACCUUCCAGGCCAUCCACAAGCCAAGGGUGAACCCUUUGGUGUCCUUCAGUGAGAACUACACCUGCUCCGACUCAGAGGAAUGUCCGGAGAAAGGAGAGAAACUAGCUAUUCCCAAGCGCUUACGGAAAAGUUUGCCUUCAGGACUACUGAGACGAGUGUCCUCAACUUGGACUACAACAACAUCAGCCACAGGAUUACCUACACUGGAGCCAGCUCCAGUGAGAAGGGAUCGCAGUGCCAGCAUCAAACCUCAUGAAUCAUCUUCAUCCAGCACUGACUCCUGGAACAGCUCAAUUCUGAUGACAAUCACAAAGAGCAGGUCUUUCUCCACCUCUUAUGCCAUGUCUUCUACCAACCACCUGAAUGCCAAAAGGCAGAGCCGGCAAGGUAUCCCGCCAAAUAUUUCACCUCUUAUGUCCCCAUGCCAUUCACCGAUUCAGGGGACACCUGCCACAAGUCCUACUGGAAAAACAUCUUCUGUAUCAUUUCCAGACUCUUCAGAUACUAACACCAAGCAAGGCUUAAAGCCGCAUAAAGUCUUAACUUCUACUCAGAGUGCACCUAGCCUGUCAGACCCUAUUAUCAGCCCCUCUGUCAUCUGCAGCAGCUGUGGAAGACCCUAUAACCAAAUAGAAGCUGGUCAUGGGACACUAGAUAGGAGUGAUGGUACCACACACACCCUGAACAGAGCAGAUGAUCCUGCGCAAGCCACUUCUGACUAUGAAACCAACAACAGUGACAGCAGUGAUAUCCUACAAAACGAUGAUGAGACAGAUUGUUCUAAAGAACAGAAGGGAUCCAUCUGUAGGACAUACACGCCUGAGACCAUCAUUCUGCAUCCUUUGAUACCACCUGAGGACAAGGCUGUACUUGCUCCUGAGCCUCUAGUUAUGGACAACUUGGAUCCCCUGAUGGAGCAGCUAAAUAGCUGGAACUUCCCAAUCUUUGAUUUGGUGGAAAAAAUUGGAAAGAAAUGUGGUCGGAUUCUCAGUCAGGUAUCAUACAGGCUUUUUGAAGACAUGGGGCUGUUUGAAACCUUUAAAAUACCAGUGAAGGAAUUUAUGAACUACUUUCAUGCCUUGGAAUGUGGAUAUCGAGAGAUACCUUACCACAACAGAAUUCAUGCAACUGAUGUUCUACAUGCCGUUUGGUACCUUACUACUCAGCCCAUCCCAGGACUCCCAACUGUCAUUAAUGAUCACGGGUCAGCAAGCGAUUCAGAUUCUGACAGUGGAAUCACUCACGGCCAUAUGGGUUAUGUGUUUUCGAAGACAUACACACCUACAGAUGACAGCUACGGAUGCCUAGCUGGCAACAUCCCUGCCCUUGAAUUAAUGGCUCUUUAUGUAGCUGCAGCCAUGCAUGAUUAUGAUCAUCCAGGAAGGACCAAUGCCUUUUUGGUAGCAACAAGUGCUCCUCAGGCAGUGCUGUACAACGACCGCUCCGUCCUGGAGAAUCACCAUGCUGCUGCUGCCUGGAACCUUUUCAUGUCGAGGCCAGAGUACAACUUCCUGGUCAAUCUUGACCACGUGGAGUUCAAGCACUUCCGCUUCCUCGUCAUUGAGGCAAUUUUGGCUACUGACCUGAAGAAACACUUUGAUUUCGUUGCCAAAUUCAAUGCCAAGGUGAAUGAUGAUGUUGGAAUUGACUGGACUAAUGAGAAUGACCGCUUGCUGGUUUGCCAAAUGUGCAUCAAACUGGCUGACAUAAAUGGGCCUGCAAAAUGCAAAGAUUUGCAUCUACAGUGGACAGAAGGCAUUGUCAAUGAGUUUUAUGAACAGGGUGAUGAAGAGGCUAGCCUGGGUUUGCCAAUCAGUCCUUUCAUGGAUCGCUCUGCUCCUCAGCUGGCACACCUUCAGGAAUCUUUCAUCACUCACAUUGUGGGACCACUAUGUAACUCCUAUGACUCAGCGGGGCUGAUGCCGGGAAAAUGGAUAGAAGAUAGUGAUGAAUCAGGAGACACUGAUGAGCAGGAAGAGGAAGAAGCAGCAGAAAUGGAAACUUGUGAAAAUGCUGAAUCCAGAAAGAAGAAGUUCAAGAGGAGGAAAAUCUACUGUCAGAUCACUCAGCACCUGCUUCAGAACCAUAAAAUGUGGAAGAAAGUAAUUGAGGAUGAAGAGAGGUUAGCUGGGACAGAGAAGCAAGGCGUGGAGCAAUCCACACUGCACCAAUCUUCAGAACAAAUCCAGGCCAUCAGGGAAGAGGAGGAGGAGAAAGGGAAGCCCAAGAGGGGUGAAGAGGAGAACACAACUGUAGAACCAAACCAAUGACAAUAUUUACAGCAGUAUUUAAGACAGUUUGACUUGUGCACAGACUCCUUCUCAAGCCAGCACAGCAUUUAGACACAACACUGUAGAAGUAUGGGAUAAUGCGCCUACAGAUGUUUAAUUUGUUUCUCUUUCCUUUAUAUGGCGAGGUACAUUGUUUAAACUUCUAUGCUCAAGGAAGCUUUCACACUGCAACACCGGCUUUUACAGACUUUCUUUAAAGAGAUUUGAGAGUGGGUGGAAUUAUAUAAAUAUAGAUAUAGAUAGAUAUAUAUAUAUAUAGCCGGGGUUAUUGGCUGCUCACUUCAGCAAAAGACAUUUAAUGAUAUAUUAUGGUCACUGUGAUAUUUACAGAAGAAAGUUAUCUAAGGAAAUGCUGCUUCUAAAGCACAUUUGCAGUUAACAGUAAGGUACCAGUUAAGUAGCUUUUGCUCUUAAUGCUGAGGGAUAAAAGUUCCAAAGCUUUAUAUGAAUGCUGAUACAUCCUGCCAACAUACAUGUGUGCGUGAGGGGGCUUGUUUGCAAGUGUAAGUGGAUGUAAGGUAAUAUAGCGUAGUUUGAGUUCUUACUACACUGGCUGUAGCACAGGGCCCAAUACACAACAAACAGAAGCCCUGAAUUUUAGAGAAUUUGUACCCACAAGGGAACCGGAGCUAAUUCUGAGGAUCUUUGCGUUCCCCAUAGCCCUCCAGGUGCCAGGUCGCAGUUGGCACUCUGGCUGCAGGCAGCAGCAGCCU